AGUGAAUGUGUAUUCGCCAGCUGCUACUGCUGCAGACCUAUGAAAAAUAGUGAAAAGUGAUUUUCGGAAAAUUUUGCGGAAUUAAAAUAUUAAAAGAUUUCGAUUGAAUUUAGAUAAAUAUUGCAAAAAGAAAAGAAAAAUGACUGAUUUUGUAAUACGACACUCAGGCUAUAAAAGGACCACAGACAAACAGUAUAGUCUGCUGACACAUGAAAUGUCAAGAUUUUCCUUGCAGAAUCGUUCUGGCAAAAAAGUAGAUGCUACAAAACAUUGGAACAAUUUAACAGAGAAACUAAAUGCCCUCGGACCACCCUAUCGUACAAUACCCCAAUGGAAAAAGGUUUGGACAGACUUUCGACGUUUUCAUAGUAAACGUGGCUUUAAAUCAAAACCUAAAUUUACGAAAUCCAUUAAAAAAGAACCCACACCUUACAAUCAACUCUUUCCCACAGAUGUAGACGAAGGGCAAGCAGAGCAGGAGCAAGUUCCUGCAGCCGAACAGAAUAAAACAGCAACUUCCAGUAAAGUAGCGCAAUUUCUAAGAUCUGAAUGGGAAGAAUAUGGUGAAAAUUCACAAACAAUGAACUCAACACACUCCAAUGAAUAUGCCGAUGAGUAUUCCUAUCCCGACAGACAUUCCUCUCAAGUGUCUGAUACGGAAUUGCAUGAAACUUUGAUACCUGAUGAAUCACCUUACGAUUCGUAUACAUAUACAGAAGCUUCUACGGAAGAAACCCUAACACGGUCUACAGUUCAACCGCCUCCAAUGCAACAUCAUCUUCAACAUCAACAGACCUCCGUUCAACAACAGCAUCAUAAUCAUCAACAACCGAAUUCAAUACCGCCACCUUUACAACCCGCAAAUACUCGUCUAUUAGAUCAAACUCUUUAUACUCUACAAAAUCAAAUGGAACAUCAAACGAAGCUUUUGGAACAUCUUUCACAAAUUUCCAGCACUAUGGCCAGUCUGAUGGAACGUCAAGUUUUGGCAGUGGAAAAACAAACCGAAGCCAUGCGACGUCAAGCUUCCGCUACAGAACAUCAUACUCUAGUAAUGAAUAAUUUUGUCGAUAUGAUACGUGACAAAAUGCCCAAAACAAAUUCAAAGACAACGCCUAACACAUCUGCCAAUUUAGCAAAUGGUAACUCAUAAGAAAGAGGAAAAUAACUCAACUCCAUAGGAGUUAAUCUUAUUGAUAUUGGGUACCACAAUCGUUUUUACGGUUUAUUAGUUUUAGAUAAAACAUUAUUUUAUUGCAAAUUAAUUUUUGUUAUUUAGUUUAAGAUCUAAUUAAUUAGUAUUUUGUUAUAUUUAAAUAAAAAUUAUUGAAUUUAGCUUGUAAGUUGCCUAUUUUGAUAAUGAUAUCUGUUAAUAAAUUAAAAAUAAGAAUGAAUAGAGUUUUGUAAUAAAUAUUUAUAAAUAAAUGAAGUAUUUAACAUA